AGCUUUACCGUUUAUUUCCUCGUUUCAUCACAUGAUACCGGAAGUGGAAAGAGUUAAGCAGAUGACUGUCACAAUGUCGAAUGUAUUUCUUUUAAUCGUAUUUGCUGCGAAUUUAAGAACUUUAGAUGCUGCUUCAAGCCCCGCAUUGAUAUGGUCAUCGAGCAGGCCCAUGAGUGACCUUCCAGCUGGAAUUGCUGGCAACACUGUAUCAGUGGACAACUUCCAUGACACCUACCUGAAACCUCUAGCAUCCAGCCCAGAGCAUUCGCUGGUGGUCUUUGUCCAGAACAAGCUGAGUGUAGAAGAUUUCACCAAGCACGCUGAUGUGUACAACCCAAGUAGCGAUGGGGGAGCCUUCAAAAAUGUCAAGACUGCAAUGGACGAGAGCUACUCCAUUCAGCUGCCCACAGUGAGCUCCCCUACCUCCGCCAUAGAGACGCUCUUUACCUCCUUCACUGGAGAGGUCAUCAAGGUAGACAACCCUGAUGAAGUGCAGACCUUGAACCUAGAUCCCAGCAAGUCCUAUAUGAUUGUUGUGAAUCUCCCACCAGUGACCAAACAUGAUGAGUAUGGAUCUUUCCAGGCCAGUGAUGCUGCCAUCGGGCACUGCAUGCGUCACAUGCAGAAACGUGGAUUAAAGUUUAGCGCUGUUUAUACUGCAGAAGAUUCUCAGAUAUCAGCCUCUGAUGUCCACUCUGGCCGCCGACUACUUGCCAAUGAAGGGGCCACAAACGACAACUACACCGGAUCUUUCUGGUCAUCAGAAAACGCCCUCAUCUUCAUGAAGUCGGUGAAUCUAACCAUUACACGUGCGGUCCAAGAGAACAAGCAGCCCAAGGAGAACUACCAGUGGACAUUUGACCAGGCCAAUGUGUCCAGCAGCCUUGUCAACGAGUCCAUCGAAAUCGAGAUGAAAUUUGACAGUCCAAAUGGGACAGCCACAAUCAGUUUCGCUCUAAUCAAAACAGAUAACAUGGGCACACAAUGGAAGUCCAUGCGAGGCAGCCUUUCACUGGUAUCAAAGGAUGGACCCAAACAUGCCAAUCUCAGUAACCUGUCAAUGGACUACGACAUUGAGUCACUGAAGGGUUACUGUUACCACUGCGGUAAACUGGUCCCAAAGCCAAGCAUUCGCAACUACACUGACAACAACACGAUCCCAGCUGGAGAUGUAGAUGCUGUGGAGCUUAUCCUGUACAGGUUCCAGCUGGACAUCUCGUUCAAUGCCACGCUACGCAACAUGUCCAACGAGAACACUACAUUCUCUGCAGACGUAUGGGAGUGUGUGGAGUUCUUCACAAUUCCCAUCUGGAUGGGGCUGCUGUCGUCGCUGAUACUGAUGAUGGUGCUCUUCUACGGCAUCACGAUGAUCUCCAACAUCACCACCAUGGACCGCUUUGACGACCCCAAGGGAAAGACGAUCACUGUCACAGUCAACGAGUAGACGGGCUGUGAAAUGACGAGAUUCAAGGGGAUUUGUCCUAAUUAAUUCAUUAAUUUCGUGGGGUUUGGAAAAUGAAAAAUCUUUCUAUUCGUUAAUAAUGUGGGAAUUUGCAUGAUGUCCAAAUCAAAAGCUCAUGUGUAAAUUCUUAUGAAAAAAUGGGGAUUAAGAUUUACUUGGUGAAAAAAUCAUGUCAUGUAUUAGUGUAUUAUCUCUCUUACUUCCAACAAGAAGACUUCAUGAAUAAAGAUUUGAUAUUCGUAUGAUGUCUGAAUUUAUAGAUUAAUUUCUUUUAGCUAGGGACUGGCUUAACAAAUCAAUCUUUAAUAUGAUGUAUGAAAUCUUUGGAUUUGCAUAAUGUCAAACUUUAUUUAUUAAAUUUAUUUUGAAGGAAAUUGUGGUAUUUGCAGGAUUAAAGAAAAUUGAAAAUGGUGAAUAAACAUGGAUCAUUUGUUUGAUAAUUCUCAUGAAAACAAUGUUGAAGAAAAUAAUCCAACUUCUUUGUCCUGUUAAAAUUCUUGAAUAUUUUCAGACUAUAAGAAAGUGAAAGUCUGAAAUUUCAAACAAAUUUGUGUUUUGUAUUUGUUUAAUAAACAAAACCUUAAAAGCAAAUCUUUAAAAAAAAAUUAAGAAUCCUAGUUAUAAUGAUGUUAGUGAAAUUCUGAUGAUUUUCUUAUCAAGACAUCUUGAAAUUUAGAAAAUUGUCAUCAAUAAGAGGUCGGGUGCUUCAAAUUGUACGAGUCAGGAAAAUAUCGGGCUUAAUAAUUUGUGUGAAAGAUUUCAUUAUUCGGAGAAAAAUAAGAUAAUCAGUUUUGCGGAUAGAGACUUUCAAAUGAAAGUACAUUUUUAGAGUUUGUGUGUGUUAUCUGUUCAAAUUUCUCUUUUAUUGACACUUAUCAUAACAAUAAUUCCAACAGGCUUUUUGAAAUAAAAUUUAAUCAAGAG